GUGCGACCCCUCCCCCUUCUUCCUGAGUGCAGCGGCUGCCAGCCAAGCUGACCAACAAUCUCACUGCACGUUUGGGGCUCCAGUUCUUGGCCUAAACCUCUAUAACACCGAGGAAGAAGUUGUAAGCUCAGCUAGAUCUUGCCCGAGGACGUGCAUUUAUCCCUACUUAAAGAAAACCAUCAUGGCUGGCAUGGGUCCUGGACUGGUUCAGUAUGUGGUGGUGCGGCAGGAUCUGUUCACUUGCCUAGCCUGGCCACUGGGAGCUGUUAUUGCCCAAGCUUGUCAUGCAACUGCAGCAGUCACCCACCUCUUCCACAAUGAUGACAACAUGAAGACCUACUUGGCAGAUCUGGACAACAUGCACAAAGUGGUACUGGGAGUAGACAAUGAAACCAAAUUAAGACAGCUGUCAGAGAAAUUGAAGGAGGGGGCAGUGGACCAUAAGUUGUGGGUAGAACAGCCAGAAAAUACCCCAACUUGCUUAGUUACCAAGCCAUAUGUCAAGCAGGACAUCAGCAGAUACUUCAAGAAGCUCAAGCUCCUAAAAACAGAGGAGUCACAGCCCUCAACAGCUGGAGAGAACAGCAGCUAAUGAGUGUACAGUAAAUUUGGAAGAAAAGGAGCUGCUGGUCUAACAUGGGGGAGGAAACAGCUAAGGGUCCAACAUAGGGAGAGAGAAGAUGCUGUGACAUGGGCUACAGAGAGCAGUUGCUGGUGUAUAUGAUAUGGGUUACAGAGAACAGUUGGUGUGACAUAAUUAAGGUACAGAGAAAAGCUGCUGGUGUGACAUAUGCAGAGAACAGGGCUAGUGUGACAUAGGCUACAGAAAAUAACUGCUUGUGUGACAUGUGGGAAGGGUGCAGCUGCUGAUGGGAUGUGAGAGAAGCUCACACUAUGACCUGGAUGAAGUAACAGUUGCAUGUGUAUCCUGGAAUAGAAAGCAACUACCUGUUGGCUCAUUGAAAAGAAAAUCUGCCAAUUUGACUUAAAGAAAAGAACACCUGCCAAUGUGACCUGUAGUAUCAGGGAACCAUAAGCAGUGCACUUUAAAGGCAAAAUCUUAAAGGGUGGUGUAUAUAUAGCUGCCAUGGCUAUUAAUAUUAAAUUAUUAUUACUGUCUAGUGCCAGGCCUAUCAAGUAGCAUAUAUAUUUUGUUUUGAACUCUGCAAUACAGAUUUUGGUUGAAUUCUCUAUACAUUCUUUUUAAAAGGCAGCCCAUGUAUAUGUUGAUAUUAUCCUGCAUCAUUUGAAUGAAACACCCAUUCCAUUGCAUUCUUAUUUUUUAAUUAAAAGAUUUUGCACUAUACUCAAUAAUAUUGCUCCAUAAGAUCAGAGAUAAAAUUCUUUGUUUCAGUCAUCCUUCAGUUAAACUUUUCUCAUGUUGCAAAGCCAUAUAGCAGACAGUGUAUUGAUGUCUGUUUCCUCCAUGGAUAAAUCCCUUCCAGUAAGUCAAAAUGAUUGGUAUACGAAGGGGAGUCUCAUGCGUCACGUGAACCCUCGCACAUCUGUAUCCUCAAAGUUACACCGCCACAUACCUUGGAGGAAUAAUACAUGGAGAGGCCAUCAGUGGAUCACUCUUUAUUGUGAGGUGAAGCAAGGGGGCAGAUCUUAGUCAGUGGGCGGAGCCAGCCAAAUGCAACCAAACCAUUGCAUUUCUCGCCCCCAGAUCGUUGCCGUAAAUGAGCUUGUCUGCCUUAUUUCUUCCACAUAACAUAUGUUAUUAGUUAUUCAACUGCUGUAGUAUAUGUACUAAGCAUUGUCUGUGCAGGUUUUGAUAGAAAACACCAGCAUUACCUUGUCUUUAUUCCAUGCAAACUGAGAAGAAAUGUUCAACACCUGC